AUGUCCUGCCACCUCCAGCAUCACGUCCUGCCGCUCCACCAGGACCCCGUGGCGCUGUCCCCCGGUGUCCCCUCACCGGCCCAGCGGUGGCACUCCACCUCCUGCAUCCCCCAAUGUGUCUCCAGCUUUGUCCCCUGCCAGCGGGCGGUGUCCUCCAGCGUGUGCCACCUCCACCAGCAGCGCGUCCCCGCGAUCGUGCCCCGCCAGCUCCUCGGACCCUGCCAGCAGCGGAUUGUCCCCAAGCGUGUGACAACGUGGGCGCCACGGCCGCAGCAGCGCGUCGUCGGUGUCACCGGUGUCACCCAGCGGGUGCYGCGCCAGGCCGGGGUGACCCAGUGCGUGCCACAGCAGACGCGGGUGACCCAGCAGUGCCAGCCCGUCGCCCAGCAGCAGAUUGUCCCCAAAUGUGUCACCACCUGCGUCCCCCAGCAGCGCCUGACGGGCGCCGAGGGUGUCACCGGUGUCACCCAGUGCGUCCCCCAGCAGCUGCGGGUGCCACCGCCSGAGCGCGUCCCCCARCAGCAGAUUGUCCCCARRUGYGUCACCACCUGCGUGCCRCGGCCRCCGGGUGUCACCAAGGGUGUCCCCCAGCAGCAGGGUGCCACCAGGUGYGUCCCCCAGCAGCGAGUGACCCUGUGUCCCCAGCAGGGUGUCCCCAGGUGUGUCACCACCUGCGUCCCCCAGCAGCGCGCGGUCCCAAAUGUUGCGUACCGUUGGGUGACGGUCCCUGUCCCCCAGCAGGGUGGCACCGCCGCUGUCCCCCAGCAGUGCCAGCAGGGUGGCACCAGGUGUGUCACCAAGUGUGUCCCGCAGCAGGGUGACACCRGSGGGGUCAGCGUUUGUGUCCCGCAGCAGCAGAGUGGGACGGUUUGUGUCCCCCAGCAAAAUGUCACCGAAUGUGGCCCCCAGCAAAGCGUCACCGAAUGUGUCCCCCAACAGAGUGCCACCAAGGGGGUCGUGCAGCAAAGUGUCACCAAAUGUGUCCCCCAGCAAAGCGUCACCGAAAAUGUCCCGUACCAGUGUGUGACCAAGAGUGUCACCCAGCAGUAUGGGACAGUUUGUGUCCCCCAGCAAAGUGCCACCAAAUGUGUCCCCCAGCAGAGCAUAACCAAGUGCGUCCCUCAGCAAUAUGGGACGAUUUGUGUCCCCCAGCAAAGUGCCACCAAAUGUGUCCCCCAGCAAAGUGCCACCAAGUGUGUCCCCCAGCAAAGUGCCACCAAGUGUGUCCCCCAGCAAUAUGGGACGAUUUGUGUCCCCCAGCAAAGUGCCACUAAGGGGGUCCUCCAGCAAAGUGCCACCAAGUGUGUCCCUCAGCAGCGUGUAACCAAGUGUGUCCCCCAGCAAUAUGGGACAAUUUGUGUCCCUCAGCAAAGUGCCACCAAGGGGGUCCCUCAGCAAAGUGCCACCAAAUGUGUUCCCCAGCAGAGUGUCACCAAAUGUGCUCCCCAGCAGUGUGUAACCAAGUGUGUCCCUCAGCAAAGUGCCACCACGUGUGUCCCUCAGCAGAGUGCCACCAAGAGUGUCCCCCAGCAAUAUGGGACGAUUUGUGUGCCCCAGCAGAGUGCCACCAAAUGUGUACCUCAGCAGACCAUGACCAAAUGUGUCCCCCAGCAGAGUGCCACCACGUGUGUCCCCCAGCAGAGUGCCACCAAGUGUAUCCCCCAGCAAUAUGGGACAAUUUGUGUCCCCCAGCAAGGUGUCAAAUGUGUCCCCCAGCAGUGUGGGACGAUUUGUGUCCCCCAGCAAAGUGCCACCAAAUGUGUCCCCCAGCAGUGUGUGACCAAGAGUGUCCCUCAGCAACAUGGGACAAUUUGUGUCCCUCAGCAAAGUGCCACCAAGUGCGUCCCCCAGCAGAGUGUCACCAAAUGUGUCCCCCAGCAGAGCGUAACCAAGUGCGUCCCUCAGCAAAGUGCCACCAAGUGUGUCCCCCAGCAGUAUGGGACGAUUUGUGUCCCCCAGCAAAGUGCCACCAAAUGUGUCCCCCAGCAGAGUACCACCAUAUGUGUCCCCCACCAAUAUGGGACAACUUGUGUACCCCAGCAAAGUGCCACCACGUGUGUCCCCCAGCAGUGUGUGACCAAGAGUGUCACUCAACAGAGUGCCACCAAGUGCGUCCCCCAGCAGAGUGUCACAAAAUGUGUCCCCCAGCAAUAUGGGACGAUUUGUGUCCCCCAACAAAGUGCCACCAAAUGUGUCCCCCAGCAGCCGCCCCAUUCCGGUGGCGUGAAGAUCUCCAGCCACNGCCAGCAGGGUGGCACCAGGUGUGUCACCAAGUGUGUCCCGCAGCAGGGUGACACCGGGGGGGUCAGCGUUUGUGUCCCGCAGCAGCAGAGUGGGGCGGUUUGUGUCCCCCAGCAGAGUGCCACCAAGGGGGUCGUGCAGCAAAGUGUCACCAAAUGUGUCCCUCAACAGAGUGGGACAGUUUGUGUCCCUCAGCAGAGUGUCACCGAAUGUGUCCCCCAACAAAGUGUCACCAAAUGUGUCCCUCAGCAGAGCAUGACCAAGAGUGUCCCCCAGCAAUAUAGGACUAUUUGUGUCCCCCAGCAGAAUGCCACCAAGUGUGUCCCCCAGCAGUAUAGGACUAUUUGUGUCCCCCAGCAAAGUGCCACCAAAUGUGUCCCCCAGCAGUGUGUGACAAAGAGUGUCCCCCAGCAGAGUGUCACCAAAGGUAUCCUCCAUCAAAGUGCCACCACGUGUGUCCCGCAGCAGUGUAUGACCAAGUGUGUCCCUCAACAGAGUGCCACCAAGUGUGUCCCUCAGCAGUAUGGGACAAUUUGUGUCCCCCAGCAAAGUGCCACCACGUGUGUCCUCCAGCAAAAUGCCACCAAGUGUGUCCCCCAACAGUGUGGGACAAUUUGUGUCCCCCAGCAAAGUGCCACCAAGCGUGUUCCCCAGCAGUAUGUGACCAAGAGUGUCACUCAACAGAGUGCCACCAAGUGCGUCCCCCAGCAGAGUGUCACCAAGUGUGUCCCCCAGCAGUGUGUGACCAAGUGCGUCCCUCAGCAGAGUGCCACCACGUGUGUCCCCCAACAAAGUGCCACCAUGUGUGUCCCCCAGCAAUAUGGGACCAUUUGUGUCCCCCAGCAAAGUGCCACCAAGUGUGUCCCUCAACAGCGUGCCACUAAGGGUGUCCCCCAGCACUAUGGGACAAUUUGCAUCCCCCAACAAAGUGCCACCACGUGUGUCCCUCAGCAAUAUGGCACAAUUGGUGCCCCCCAGCAAAGUGUCACCAAGUGUAUCCCUCAGCAGUGUGUGACCAAGGGUGUCACUCAACGGAGUGCCACCACGUGUGUCCCCCAGCAAUAUGGGACAAUUUGUGUCCCCCAGCAAGGUGCCACUAAGUGUGUCCCCCAGCAAAGUGCCACCAAAUGUGUCCCCCAGCAGCCGUCCCAGUCCGGUGGCGUGAAGAUCUCCAGCCACGCCAAGAAAUACUGCUCGGCUCCCAAGUGGCCGUGGUGACGGUGAUGGGUGACAGGGACGGGUGACAGGGACGGGUGACAGGGACGGGGACAAUCCCUGGGCAAAGGGUGGGGUUGGGGUUUGGGGUCUUUGUCCCCUCCCGGCUGCGUUUCCCGAUGUUUUCCCUCCUUCCCGCGGGGACAUUCCCGGUGCCGUCGGUUCCUUCCCUGACCAUCGCUGGGAUGGGGAAAAAUUCCCAYUGAAUUCCAAGAAAUCGUGAUUUUAUGGCAAUAAUAAUAAUUAAUAAAAAUAAUAAAAGAAGGAAUAGAACGGUUUGGGGAAUCCAGACCCAAACAAGUCUGAUCCAAAUCCCAGCUCCAGAAGAAUUCCUGGAAUUGGGAUGUGACAUUCCCGCAAAGUUGGAAUUUCCACAAGGCUCCGGAGCUUUCUGGAACACCCCGGUUUGGAUGCGGAAACCAAACGGGAAUUUCUGAAGGAAACGGGAUGAAAUUCCCUCAGGAUCCCGGGAUGGGGAUUGUUCUGGAAUAUUCCAGAACGUGGCCAGAAUUCCCGUUUUUUUCUAAUGCCCUGACUCCAGAAUCCCUCAGGAAUUCCCGGCUGGGUGAAGCUGAAAUGUUCCACGCAAAGUUUUUGUACUUUAGAUAAGAUGAAAACCACAACCUGAAAGGAAAACUCAUUGAAAUAACGCUGAAAGUUGUACAAGGAGUAUUUUAUAAAUGUUUAAUUGUGAAGGCAAUUAAAUCAUUUAUGCUGAAGACGUGCAUAGAAAACAAACUUAAUUUCUAGAAAUACACGAAUAUUUUACAUGAACUUAAAUAAACGUUCUUGUCUGACCUCGGAUUAAAAUCUUGAGUUUCUGCCUCU